UCUUCCCCAGAUAAACUUUGCAUUAUGAACACAGUGAGCGCUCUGUUCCAGAUAUCUUAUUGGCUGUGAGUAGUUUUAAAAACUGUGGUGCCACAUUUAUAUUGGUUUUGAAAGCAACGUACGUUAAGGGAUGGCACAAGAGACCAAUCGUCUUGUAGAUGACAGUAGGACACUUGCGAAAGCAAAUGAAGAAUCGCAAACAAUCUCAAGAGAUAAUCAUGCAGUUAGUAAGAGACUACAGAAAGAAUUAAUGUCUCUAAUGAUGAGUCCUGAUAAAACUGUGUCGGCAUUCCCUGAUGGUGAAAACUUAUUCAAGUGGAUUGGGACUAUAACAGGUCCUGUGGGAACGGUGUAUGAAGGUCUGGUGUACAAAUUAAGCCUGGAAUUUCCCCAUAGCUACCCAUAUUCAGCCCCACUAGUGCGAUUUGCUACCCCAUGUUAUCAUCCAAAUGUCGAUCAGGCAGGAAAUAUCUGUUUGGAUAUUUUGAAGGAAAAAUGGUCAGCUCUGUAUGAUGUGCGCACAAUUCUACUCUCCAUUCAGUCUCUGCUUGGUGAACCAAACAACGAAUCUCCAUUGAAUGUCCAGGCAGCAGCCUUGUGGUCAAAUAAAGUUGAAUACAAACGUCAUCUGCAUAGUGAAUACCAAAAACAACGAAAGGGACAUUGAGAAUAAUAGGGGAUUAAUAUGUCAUAGGAAGAGGAUGUUGCUGAUGGGAACUGAAUGUACAACGUGACACGUGUGAAGCACAAGGACAAUUUCACUGAUUGAUAUUGUGAUAUUUAUUUUAAACUGUUCUUGCUUUAUCUUUUAUAUUCAUUUAUUUAUACAUAUUUUAAUAAUUUUGUAUGUUGUGGUUUAGAGCAUACUAGUACAUCCUUCCCAUUUUACUGUUCUAAGGUUGUAAAAUUAAAGUCAGUUUCUCUUAACAUUUAACAUCUGUAGCCUUCAUUGACCAAAUGAAAUUGUUUUUCUUGGCAAAUACAAAUUUAAGAAAAU